AUGCGACAUGCUGCGCUGUGGUGUCUCACACUACUGGCUGGAAAGGUCGUGUCUUCACCAUUAUACAGGCAGCAACAACCCUUUCUACCGUUGAUGAGAUCUACAGAUCAAAUCGCGGACACUACUGUGCAGAAUAACGAUGAGAUAAUCUUGGAUCUGCUACGACAAUACGCACCUGUGUUUAAAUUAUCAGAAUUGGAAGCUUUCUUUCCUUCCUCCAUAGAUUACAUGUUCCCUCAUUAUAACUUUACAGAAUCCCCUUCAGGAGAAAUACGACCUAUCAACCAUACCAUUGUAACGCGAUUACAUCUCGACGAGCUGCCCUCUAACGGAGCAGGAUUAUAUCUGUCGAUAAAUGAAUCACAUAAUCCACAACCUUUUUUGGAAGAAGAAUCGGAAUAUCUCUUUGGACCUUAUGGGCUGAAUGAUACGAUGCCUGGCGAUCGGAGGGGGAGGGUGGAAGAGGAAGUGUAUGGGUUUGGAGUAGAUCAGGGUUAUGGUGUGGUAGAUCUAUGGUAUUGGACGUUCUAUCCUUUCAAUUUUGGGAAACCAGUUGGACCAUUUGGUAUAUUAGGGAAUCAUGUGGCCGAUUGGGAGCAUCUCAGAAUGAGGACAGUGAACGGGACACCGAUAUCAGCAGAUUAUACCACGCACACUGGUGGUCGGUUUAGUGCAGGCACGUACCGAUGGGAAGAUAUAGAGAAAGUGGAUGGUAGACCCGUAGCAUACGUCGCAGCUGGAAGUCAUGGUGUAGGAAAGCUGUUCAAAUUGGUGGAUAUUACCGACGACGAAGGACCUAUAUGGGAUACGAAAGGUCAUGUCGUCCCUGCUAUCUAUUGGGAUAACCCACAGAAUAGGAGAAAGUUGUUUCAUCAUGGUGACCUGAGUUGGUUGAACUAUAGAGGUAAAUGGGGUAAUAGUGGUGAAAAUGAUUGUUGGUGGCAUAGGAUAGUAGGAUAUUGUCAAGUGGUAGACGCUCCUUGGGGGCCAAAUAGGAAUUUCGGUUUACCUCCAGAGUGUAUACUAGCUACUCUUGCAACAGAAUUUUCGACGUAUAGAUUUAGAUUUGCUUCUAAUGUGUUGAAUUGGGCAAAGGACCAUAACAUAGAAUUAGUCAAGAUUGAGCAGAUAUGUGUCAGACCCAAGACGAAUCCUGAUGACCCUGAUGACCCCGACGAUCCAGAUGAUCCGGACGAUCCAGAUGAUCUCGAUGUGGAGAUAUAUGAUGAUGAUAUGGAAGGUAUGGUUGGAAUUCAGAAUGUCAAAAGUGUAAUAGGAUUUAGGGGUACUGAAAAACACACUGUUACGAUGGAUCCAUGUAAAGGAAGGCAAUUCGCCGUCAGAGCAUAUAGAUUAUCUUUGUGCCUCUUGAAUGGAAAAUGUGUAUCGACCUCGAACGAAAGGAAGAUAUGUACGUUUGAACAGCAUAAGAAGGGGCAUUCAUUCGGGAGUGCGGUGGAUCUGGAUGAUAUCGAUGAUUGGAGAUGGAAUUAUUAG